UCUGCCACGCAUACACACACACACACACACACACACACACACACACACACACACACACGCGCACAGAGAGAGGAGGGGAGAGGCGUUCCAGAGUCCUGGCAAGUCUCAGCCCUGCCUCACAUGCUCACACACACACACGCACGUCACACCUCACACACACUCACAGGCAAGCAUACACGCAGGCAUUGACACACACACACACAGACUGGUGGUUGGAGCAGGCAGGCAGGCAGGCAGGCAGGCAGAAAGCGAGCGGGUAUAGCGUUAGCGGUUUAGCGGAGCUGUUGGGUGUCUGCAGGCAGCUGCCGAUGACCGAGCUCUAAUGGAGGGAGACGCCGAGGAGGAGCACGUGCUCCGGGGGCAGAGUGACGAGGCCCUAGUGGACCAUGGCAAGACCAGCUUCGCCCAGAAUACCAACUACGAGAAUGAGGAGCUAGAGAGUCACAGGGCGGUGUAUGUCGGGGUCCAUGUUCCUCUGGGGAGAGAGAGCAAGCGCAGGCAUCGCCACCGAGGACACAAGCACCACCGCAAGAAGAAGGAGCGAGACUCCGACCCAGAGACCGGGAGAGAAUCCCCCACAUAUGACACGCCGUCCCAGCGGGUCCAGUUCAUCCUGGGGACGGAGGAUGAUGACGUGGAGCACGUCCCCCAUGAUCUGUUCACCGAGCUGGACGAGCUGUCCUUCAGAGACGGCAGAGUCACAGAGUGGAAGGAGACGGCUAGGUGGCUGAAGUUUGAGGAGGACGUGGAGGAUGGCGGUGAGCGGUGGAGUAAGCCGUACGUGGCCACGCUCUCCCUGCACAGCCUGUUUGAGCUGCGCUCCUGCAUCCUCAACGGCACCGUCAUGCUGGACAUGAGGGCCAACAGCAUCGACGACAUCGCAGACAUGUUGAUAGACAGCAUGGUGGCGUCGGGUCAGCUGGACGAGUCCCUGCGGCAGAAGGUGCGUGAGGCCAUGCUGAAGAAGCACCACCACCAGAACGAGCGCAAGCUCAGCAACCGCAUCCCGUUGGUGCGCUCCAUCGCCGACAUAGGCAAGAAACACUCUGACCCGCACUUGCUUGAGUGCAACGGGGAAGGUCUGUCGGCCUCUCGCCACUCCCUGAAGCCGGGCCUCUCCUCCACCAACCUCUCCCAGCGGCGGGAGUCGCGCGUCUCCAUGCUCUUCAACCACCUCCUCCCCGGCGGCUCCACCCCUUCGACCACGCCCUCCCCUUCCCCGACCCCGCACAGCUCGCCCCCGUUGCCGCGGCGACCCGCGGGCGCCCCAAACCCCGCCCCAACCUCAGCGGCGGCAGCACACGCCUCCCAGCAGCUGCACAUCCCCGAGGUGGUGGUGUCCCCGCCCACGGAGGAGGAGGCGGGGGAGGACGACGAGGAGACCCUGCGCUCGGUGCCGCCCAUCCGGGACGAGGAGGCAUCGGAUGCCCGGACGCCGACCUCCAGGUCGAGCCUGCUGCCAGCCCCUGAAGGAGGUAUGGCGCCCGCACAGUCCAUCGGCAGCAACCUGGACGGAGGCAAAGGUGGCGACAAGAAGGCGUCCAAACCAGGGAUUGACUCCCACUUCAUGAAGAAGAUCCCCCCCGGGGCGGAGGCCUCGAACGUGCUGGUGGGGGAAGUGGACUUCCUGGAGCGGCCCAUCAACGCCUUUGUGCGUCUCUCGCCAGCCGUGCUCAUCACUGGCCUCACUGAGGUGCCCGUCCCCACCAGGUUCCUGUUUCUGCUCUUGGGCCCACAUGGCAAUGGACCGCAGUAUCAUGAGAUCGGCCGCUCCAUGGCCACCCUCAUGACAGACGAGAUUUUCCACGAUGUGGCCUAUAAGGCCAAAGACCGGGUGGACCUCCUGUCGGGCAUCGACGAGUUCCUGGACCAGGUGACGGUGCUGCCCCUUGGGGAGUGGGACCCCACCAUACGCAUCGAGCCCCCCAAGAACGUGCCGUCACAGAUGAAGAGGAAGAGACCAUCCCAGCCCAAUGGCAACGCCUCACCCUCUGAGCAUUACAAGGAGGAGGAGCAUGAGAUCGGCCCAGAGCUACAGAGGACCGGCCGCAUUUUCGGGGGCCUGGUUCUGGACGUGAAGCGCAAGCUACCGUUCUACUGGAGCGACGUCCGGGACUCUCUCAACCUGCAGUGCCUGGCCUCCGUCCUCUUCCUCUACUGCGCCUGCAUGUCCCCCGUCAUCACCUUCGGGGGCCUGCUGGGGGAGGCCACCAAGGGCAACAUUAGUGCCAUCGAGUCUCUGUUCGGAGCGUCUAUGACGGGCGUGGCCUACUCCUUGUUUUCAGGGCAGCCUCUCACCAUCCUGGGCAGCACUGGGCCUGUGCUGGUCUUUGAGAAAAUCCUCUUCAAGUUCUGCGCAGACUACGGCCUGUCCUACCUGUCUCUGCGCACCAGCAUCGGGCUGUGGACGGCCUUCCUGUGCCUGGUGCUGGUGGCCACGGACGCCAGCUCGCUGGUGUGCUACAUCACGCGCUUCACGGAGGAGGCCUUCGCCGCGCUCAUCUGCAUCAUCUUCAUCUACGAGGCGCUGGAGAAGCUCUUUGAACUGGGCGAGCACUACGCCGUCAACAAGCACAACGAGCUGGACAACCUCACGCUCUACUCAUGCCAAUGUGCUUCUCCUGCAGAAGUAACCAAUGAGACGCUGCAGACUUGGAACCAGACUGGCCAUACUGCUGCCUCAAUACCCUGGGGCAGUCUCAACGUCUCAAUGUGUAAUGCUCUCCAUGGGGACUUUGUGGGCUCGGCGUGUGGACACCACGGCCCCUACAUCCCAGACGUGCUCUUCUGGUCCAUCAUCCUCUUCUUCACCACCUUCUUCCUCUCCUCCUAUCUCAAGCAGUUCAAAACGGAUCGCUACUUCCCCACCAAGGUGCGCUCCACCAUCAGUGACUUUGCUGUGUUCAUCACCAUCAUGACAAUGGUGCUGGUGGACUAUCUGAUGGGCAUCCCCUCACCCAAACUCAGCGUGCCCGACCGCUUUGAGCCCACCUCUAAGAACCGUGGUUGGCUGAUCGACCCUCUUGGGGACAAUCCAUGGUGGUCACUGCUGUUGGCGGCCGUUCCGGCUCUGCUCUGCACCAUCCUCAUCUUCAUGGAUCAGCAGAUCACCGCUGUCAUCAUCAACCGCAAGGAGCACAAGCUCAAGAAAGGCGGUGGGUACCACCUGGACCUGCUGAUCGUAGCGGUGAUGCUGGCCGUGUGCUCGAUAAUGGGGUUGCCGUGGUUUGUGGCGGCGACGGUGCUCUCCAUCUCGCACGUGAACAGCCUGAAGGUGGAGUCCGGCUGCUCGGCCCCCGGGGAGCAGCCCAAGUUCCUGGGCAUCCGCGAGCAGAGGGUCACCGGCUUCCUGAUCUUCACCCUCAUGGGCUGCUCUGUCUUCAUGACCUCGGCACUCAAGUUCAUCCCGAUGCCAGUCCUGUAUGGAGUCUUUCUGUACAUGGGAGCCUCCUCUUUGAAAGGUAUUCAGUUCUUCGACCGGAUCUUGCUGUUUGGGAUGCCAUCGAAGCACCAGCCGGACCUGAUUUACCUACGCUACGUCCCGCUGUGGAAGGUGCACAUGUUCACUUUAGUGCAGCUCACCUGCCUGGGGCUGCUCUGGGUCAUCAAGACCUCCACCGCCGCCGUCGUCUUCCCCAUGAUGGUGCUGGCGUUGGUCUUCAUCCGGAAGCUUCUAGACUUCUUCUUCACCAAUCGGGAGCUGAGCUGGUUGGAUGACCUAAUCCCCGAGAGCAAGAAGAAGAAGGAGGACGACAAGAAGAAGCAGGAACUGGAGGCCCAGAGGAGGCUGGCGGAGGAGGCCGGGAGCUCGGCGUACGGCGGGGGCAACCUGCUGAAGAUCCCGGUCCACACACACACCGGCAGCACUGAUCUGUCGGCUGUUAAUAUCACUGAUGAAAUGAACAAAAGCGCGGCGUGGAAAGCAGUCGAUCACACAAACACCAUGAGGAAGAGUGAAAGCCAAGAGAAGGUGGCUUGUGUUAGGAUGAACGUGGAGCCUGAGCAGGGGGGUCAACAGGUCAAUACGGAGACCAUUCUGUGAGGGGAACAAGACCACCCCCGCCCCCUGUACCCCCCACCUGUUCCUCUUCCCAUGAAGCCUGAGCCUCCAACCUAUACCCCCCCCCACCCACCCACUCACCCUCCCUCGUAUCAUGGGCCACUGCUGCAGAGCCACACUGGGCAGAGGUAGUGCCCUCUCGCUGCCCAACUACAGCAAAGACUGGGCGCCAUGGAGCAUCCGACAAGGACACAGGCACCAAGUUAGCACCACACACAAACACACACACACACACACACACACACACACACACACACACACACCCCCCAUGAUGCCAAAACCACAGGAGCCAUGGCAGUUGGCUUCCACAGAUGCUUGAGUUUACCUUUGGGAAAAUAAACAUCUAAUUAUAUAUUUUAUAAUAACAUUAUUAGCAGGAGUAACAAUUCUGCGUCAAAGAACAAAAUUGGUCACAUUAUCAUUCAAUACACGGGAAGGUAUAAGAGAAAGUGUUUUUUUCUCUCUCUCCAGUCUCUGGUUUGUAAAAGAUUGGUGCAAUUGCAGUUGGUAAAAAAUAUGCUAGACAACUUUUCACGUUUAAAAAAAAUGAAACAGUCUCUCAUAAGUGGACAAGACCAGAGCUUUCCCCUGUAGUAUUUUCUUUCACUAAACUACUGAAAGAUGAAUUGGUGACCAGUUCUGUGUGCUGCUAUUGACCUUUCGUGGUGUGUGUGAUCCCUACCCGUAAACCCAUUAUAGUCAAUGUCUGUAAGAGGGGGAAAACGUGGCAUCUUUAUAAAGUGAAUGUCAUUCAUAUUUAUAUAUUUAAAGAGAAAUAAUGUCAUUGAAUGUUUACAGAAGUUUGUCACGUAAAGCAAUAGAAUUGUUCUGAAUGGAUUUGAUUUAAAUGUUUUCUUUUUUCCCGAGCAAACGCUCUGCCAGUGCUCGCUGUGAAAACACGAGCGCAGAGCUUCGCACCUCUCCUCCUUCUCUCCAGUAGUCUUGUGCGUGCUUGUCGGUCGUAACAUCAAAUGUAACAUGUAAUCUUAACGUGAGUCCUACACUUAGAAAACCCAAAGUUCUUCGGUGGAUUACCCUGUAAACCAAACCCGUUGUGAUCCCAUCACCAUCUCAGCGUACGCUGUGUACAUUUAAACAUGAUUGUAUGUGUGUCAGUGUUAUUCCACGCACUGUUGCUGUUUGUCCCUGUGGCUACAUCAGUCGCCCCAAGUCCACAUCCUGUUUCACUGUGUCUAUCUUACUAGUCUGCUAGAUCUACUAGAGUGGACUAGUGGACGAUGAGAAGGCUAAUAUAUCUGUCGGUUGCUGUGCCUUGUGGAAGCGGGCCUGUUGGUACUGGUUGGUAUAUAUACAUAUUUGUGAAAUGAAUGAAGCUGUGUGCUGAAAUGAAAGAGGAAGUAACUAUAGAAUUUAAAGAGAGCGAGAGAGAGAGCAUGCUUGAGGAAGAUAUUUCACAUUGCAUCGGUCAACCAGUCCACAGAGUAACGUCUUUAUAAAGACAUGCACUCAAUUUAUGACAUUUCUGGUCAAGAUAAACUAUAAUAAAAUGGGCAUAUGUAUAAUAUAUGCUGUACUUUUUCUACUGUGUUUUACAGUAUAAACAUAUUCGUGUGCGAGACACAACUAAGAGGUUACGGUCACUCCAAACGAGCAUUAGUGAAUGUGCAUCACAUGAACACGAAAUUCAAUACCACUCAUCAAACAUGGCAUCUGUUUUCAAAUAUUUUGCUAAGUCAUGUUCCUCUUUUCAUGUUCUUCAGUUUCUCGCAAACAUGGGGUUAUUUUAUAAUUAUAUUUGGUGUCCCAAGACUUGAUGGUCACACUGGUCAUUUUGAAGAAUGUGUUUUUUGAAAUCUUUCUGCUGUUCGACGUGUAAUUUUUGAGAUGGUGUUCCUCUAUGUAUCACAGUCACUAUACUGAGUGUGGAAGUAUAUCCUGUUGUGUAAUCUGUAUCAUCUAAGUAUCUGUUUCUUAUUGCAGUGGACUUCAAGUGUCAUAAUAGGUCUCCAUGGAAAUGCUAGGGUGUUUCUGAAGACCACGUAUGACAACCUCACGACUGCAGUCAGUCAAGCACACAGCCAGGCGGGAGUGAAAGUCUCCCACCAGUAUAUUUGUUCGAAAUAUAUAGUAAAAAUAUUUUUUUUGUAAAACUGUUUAUGAAAAGCAAUAAAAUAACUAUAUGUGUAA